CAUUAAAAAUAAAUAACGCUCAGUGACACGUUGCAUGUAAUCUGGCUCGAGUUUUUAUUUAUACUAUGCGAUAUACGAAAACAUGACUCGCUUCGUCGUUUCGCACUAUGCAUACAUCGCACUGUUUUAAUCAUACAUCAUUGGCUAUUGUUAUGUCGGCGCAUCAGCAGCAACAGCUGUUUUUACAUCUGUCGGUGUAAACAGGAGGAGGAAUAAUGGAGAGAGGAGUGCAUCCGGAUUAAGUAAUAAUGCCUAUAUAAUAUUAAUGCCAGUGCGUUCAGCUUUUCACCCGUGCUUAGUCACAGGUGGUCAAGGUAAUGACUUAUAUGUACCAUCGAGUUUCUCGAGAGGCUUUCAAACAACGAUACGCUAAGAAAAUGCUGUCGCUGUCACUCGUUUCGCGGACGUGAUUCGCUAAGCAUGGAGUUAAUGAGCUAUGAUAAAUAUUAACUGUGAUAACAGUCUAUCUGACAAAAUGUAAAUUGAUCACUGUUCUAAAUGCUUAUGAAUCAUUGAGCAGAGUGAUAUUGUUAUAAACAAUUUCUUACAGAGUAUUCUUCACCAUGGCAUAUUCUAUCAAUAGAAGACCUUUAUUAGGACACACGUCGGAUAGCGAAUUUGAAGAUGAUUUGGAAACUGAAGUCGACGAUCCCACAGUUUCUGUGCCAGAUGAAAAACCAUUUUUAAAACAGUACGAACCAUGUGACAGAUAUAAUCUUGCUUAUAUUGUAUUUUAUUUGCUUGGGAUAAAUACAUUGAUUCCUUGGAGCUUUUUCAUCACAGCUGAUGACUACUGGAUGUAUAAAUUUCGUGAGGUACAUCAAAAUUGUACAGAAAAUAAUAGUUAUACUCAUAUAGAGAAUUUAGAGAAGAAAACUGAUCUCCAAGCGAGUUUUACGUCGUACUUAAGUGUAGCGAGUGCCCUACCGAAUACAUUCUUUUUAAUCAUAAACGCACUUCUCAGUAAGAGAAUUCCCUUACGUGCGAGAAUGGUCGGCUCGCAGUGUUUAAUACUAUUAAUUUUCAUUUUCACAACAAUAUUGGUUGAAGUGAACACAGAUAAAUGGCAAUCAACUUUCUUAGUAAUUACCUUGACGUCAGUGGCUCUUGUAAAUGCUGCGAGUGCAAUUUUCGGAGGUAGCUUAAUGGGUAUCCUUGGACGAUUCUCUCCGAAAUAUAUAACUGCUAUGUCAAGCGGACAAGCUCUCGGUGGGAUUUUCACUGCUGCAACAGAAAUAUGUUCACUGUGGAUCGGUGCUAGUCCUAUGUUAUCAGGCUUAGUUUAUUUUAUUAUUGGAGACGUCAUACUGUUUCUAUCUUUGAUAGCAUACAUAGUUCUGGAAAAGGCGGCAUUCUUUAAGCAUCACGUACUAGAGAAAUUGCCUGAGAACGUGGAAGCAGAUUACUCGAUAACUGGGGAAGUAACUUUUCCACAAGGCACUACGAUAUCUUAUUCACGUAUCGUUAGGAGAAUCUGGCAUUAUGGUGUCAGCGUGUUUUUAGUAUUUUUUAUAUCACUGUCUGUGUACCCGGCAGUGACGGUGUUAGUGGAGAGUGAAAAUAAAGGCAAAGGAUCUGCAUGGAAUGAUAUCUACUUUGUACCAGUGGUGACAUAUCUACUUUUUAGUUGCGGCGAUUACGCUGGUAGAAUAUUAUCAGGUAUUUUUCAAUGGCCGAGAAAUAAACCGUGGUUGUUUAUGACUCUAAGUUUAUUGAGAGUUAUCUUUGUACCAACUCUCAUGUUCUGUAAUGCUCAACCCAGAUACCAUUUACCUGUUUACAUACAUGGUGAUUUCUAUUAUAUUAUAAUAACUAUUCUGUUCGCCAUGAGUAAUGGCUACUUGUGCAAUUUAACAUUUAUUUUAACUCCUACAGUCGUAGAGUCUCAAGAGAGAGAGAUUGCGUCUGCUAUGAUGGGAGCUUUCCUUGGUGUGGGAUUAGCGUCAGGUGCUGCGCUCAGUUUAGUCAUAGUCAAAACAAUUUAAUUUAUUCACCGGAUGAUAAAUAUUUGACGUAAUUCACCCUACUGCCCAUUUUGCAUUUGAAAUAGGACCACAGGACUUGACGUCCGUUCUUGUAAAAAGCUUCAUUUUAUACUCCUGGACGAGCUAUAUGAAUGUAAUAUUUGAUAUAUUACGACGAAGUAUUUUUUAAGUAUUUCACCAAAGAAUUACGUACGUGAAACUUGACCAUUCCAGAAAUGUGUAAGGUAUUCCAUGUAGUACAAACUGAAAAUAAUUGUAUCUCGAACUAGAUGUUGUAGAUAUAUAAAAUACAUGGUAUAUGUAAUAUGUAAAGAAUUUAUUCUACUUUUUGGAGAAAAGUAAUUGUCUAGCUAGUACGUAUAUUUAAAUGAUUUAUUGUUAACAAAUCAGAGUACAAUAAAUUAAAAUAGUUCUGUCCA